UCAUUUUAUAUAAUUUACUAGAAAAUAAAAUAGAUACCCAAAAUUAUAAGUUCAAAGCUCUAGGGUUUAUCGAUUUUCAUUUUCGGAAGAAGAUUGACAAUUAGAGGAUGGGUGACAAGAAGAAGAAGACUUUUAUGUUCAUCCGCCUUGUAUCGGCGGCUGGCACCGGGUUCUUCUAUGUGAAGAGAAAGAGUGCUAAGAAAGUUGCUGAGAAGCUUGAGUUUCGAAAGUAUGAUCCUCGGGUUAAUCGCCAUGUUCUGUUCACGGAGGCUAAAAUGAAAUGAGGCUAUGUGCUUGAUGUUUGUAAUGAUCUACAAUUUAUCAAGUUUGUGCUGUUUGGUAUAUACUUGCAUUGUCGCAUUGGAUUGCUGGUAGCCGUCUGAAUGUUUUUUAGUCAUUCGCAUCUUUUUAGAUCGUUUAGUAGUACUUGCAUAAGAAUUGACCUUCUAAAUUUUACUUGAUAGCAUGAUCAGUGUUUUCGUGA